AUGAAUGAUCUGAGUGUGUUAAUGGUGUUAUUGUGUCUGCAGAGGGCGCUGCUGGAGCAGAAGCAGCGGCGGAAGCGUCAGGAGCCGCUGAUGGUCCAGCCGAACUCAGAGGGACGUCCGCGGCGCUCGCUGCCCCGCCGCAGUGAAGAACAAGCGCCACUCGUGGAGCCGCACCUCAGCACUGCCAGUGACAUCAUCCUGGAUGGCAUCGACGGCCCCGCGGCUCUGCUGGGUUCAGAAGCUCCAGAUCUGGGCAGUAAGAUCCAGGUUCUGUCGGUCAGUCCACCGCAGCAGCCCUCGCCGCCCGCUGCAGAAAAGUGUGUGUGUUCCUCGUCUCGGCGCAGCAUCUGUUGUUUCUCAUCUCCAGCUCUUUAAACUCUGUUUCUCUCAGGACUGUCUGGCAGCAUGAACUACGACGAGGCCAGCGAGGAAGAUGAUGAUGAAGCUGAAGAGCGAAGCCGAUCGCUGUCGCCGAACACAGAAAGCACUCGUCCUGCGUCAGCCUCCAGCACCAAAUCAACCACGGAGUGUCUCCCGCUGGGUUCUCCAUCGGCUGAGGGCUCCUCCGUUGAGGUGGAUAAUCUGGAGGAGUUUGUGCUCCGUCCGGCUCCGCGGGGAGUCACCGUCAAGUGCCGCAUCUCGCGGGAUAAGAAGGGCAUGGACCGCGGCCUCUAUCCCACGUAUUACAUGCACCUGGAGAGAGAAGACGGCAAGAAGGUGUUCUUAUUGGCCGGACGCAAGAGGAAAAAGAGCAAAACAUCCAACUAUCUGAUCUCUGUAGACGCCACAGAUCUGUCCCGCGAGGCCGAGAGCUUCAUAGGAAAACUGAGGUCUAAUCUGAUGGGAACCAAGUUUACUGUGUACGAUAACGGCACGAACCCCUCGAAAACCCCCGGAGCGCUGCUGGAGGAAACCAACACACGACAGGAGCUCGCCGCCGUCUGCUACGAGACCAAUGUUCUGGGCUUCAAAGGGCCGCGGAAGAUGACCGUGAUCAUUCCCGGCAUGAACAUGAACUUCGAGCGGGUUCCGGUUCGGCCCGCGUGUGAGCAGGAGUCUCUGCUGAGUAAAUGGCAGAAUCACUCGCUGGAGAAUCUGAUCGAGCUGCACAAUAAAGCGCCGGUGUGGAACGACGACACGCAGUCCUACGUGCUCAACUUCCACGGCAGAGUCACGCAGGCCUCCGUCAAGAACUUCCAGAUCAUCCACGACAACGACCCUGACUACAUCGUGAUGCAGUUUGGUCGUGUGGCGGAGGACAUCUUCACUCUGGACUUUAACUACCCCAUGUGUGCCCUGCAGGCCUUUGCUAUCGGCCUGUCCAGCUUCGACAGCAAACUGGCCUGCGAGUGACUACGUGACACACCUCACCCCUACACACACGCACACACACACACACACACACACACACACACACACACACACACACACACACACACACACGCACUCACACACACACUCGCUCACACUCACACACAUGGGCUCUUCACUCAGGACACUAAAGCACAGUCGUCCUCAGGAAGAGGACUUGUGCUAUUUCACAAUAAUUACAAACAAAAGGACCAAAUUAAUUAUUUUGUAAAGGAAACACAUCGAAUCAUUUAACCUUUUACUACCUGGAAUAACUGACAAGAUGAUCCUGCAACUGUUUUUUUUCGAAGAAAAAGAAGACACGCAGGAUUUAUGCUUUAAUGGACCAAUAGAAAAGAGACUGAGGAAUAUUCUGAAAUGGAGAGAUUUUAUUUAGGCUUUUUAUGAUGUUUUCUGUGAUGUUCUGUAAGUGUCUGAUGGAUUUGAAGUGUAUGUUUUUAGGAAGAAUCGCACACAAAUUGUUAAGAACAUUUUCGGUCAGAAUUUUAUUGAAGCUUGUUUCUGCCACGGGAUAAAAAAUAAAAAAGGUAAUUGUGACUCACAAUUCUGACUGUU